AUGCCGCCUGGUCGUGGUCUUCGUUGGAGGAAGAAAGACGACACCUCCAGCAGCGCACAAACGGGCAAAAACGACGAGACAAAUUUCACACAAAGAAAUGCGGCGCAGCCUUCCUCAGCUGGAAGUCGUUCCUCUUUUCAGCCCCCCGACAGAGCUGAGUCCGCCGCGAUUGGGGUAUCGAUUCCUACGGAAGGAGGUGGAGAAAAGAAUGUCGCUAUUGUUUGGCACAAGUGGAGCGAUUUGCGACUGCAGGACCACGAGCCGGCGUGGCAUGCACAUCGGGCGUCACCUAGAAUGGGUAAUAUGGAAGACAGAAACAAUAAAGCAUCAACUUUCGAUGCUGUUUUACAUGUCCACCUGAUUGAGCACGACUUGCUCUAUGGGCGGAGCGAGCAAGCAAAUCUUCCCCGCUGUUCUCCGCUUCGGGCUCGUUUCUGGCUGGAAAGCGUUUUGGAUCUGGACGCGAGCCUGCGGAAGGCAAAAGUUGUAGACGGGGGUGCGAACACGUGUCCGCAAUUUCUCCAUGUCGAAGUUGUCGGUGGUGACGAGGAUGAUGGUGAUGCAGAAGUUAGUGGAUCGCUUCUGGUCACUGCAAGCGCUGCCGUUCUUUCAUCGUCCUCCACGGAGCAGCCGCCUCUACGCAAGCAGAUGACACCAAUGGCAAGAGAAGACGAGGAGGAUAUAAUUGGGGUGAAGAAUGCAGACCGCCAGAUUUUACCGGGGCAGAGAAGAUGGCGCAAAGAGAAAUCGGAAGCCGUGGCAAAUUGGUUCGGUGAGUUUUUUCUCAAGCAGAGAAAGAACGUGGCCCCGCCGUCCACCGCUUUCCACCUAGUGACCCAUCAAGAAUUGUGUACAGAAGAGGUGAAAACUGAGCAGGCCGUGCGCGCUUCCUUGAACGCCCUUAAUAACGCAGGCACUGUUGCAGCAGCUCCAGCAGGUACGAUUCGGAUCCCUUUCACGUGGCGAACUUACUGGGGCGGUCAGACAGUGCACCACAUCCAGGACCUCGGUUUCAACCCGGAAACCGAGUCUGACAUGAUGCCCCUGUUCAAGGGCGAGUUUAACAAAAUGGCCAAGAAACGGCCGAUACGGGAAGUGCUGCUGUUUUCGAAAGACUCGGAGUUCCGCCCAUCGCUCAAACAGUUUUACGUCGACAGGAGCGCUUUCGAAGACAGAGUGCAUAGGAUUUUCAAAAAGGCCCUCGCACCAGAUCGACAGGUAUAUUUGCAGAGGCUUUUACGUGGACGAGCAGGAGGGAACAACAAAGCAGAAACUGACGGCGCGACCGCCCCUACUUCGGUGAUCGGCCCAGCUGCUCCCUACACCCUGCAGAAUUCCUUCGAGCACCGUUGGCGCGGCGGCGAAAGUAUGGCCCAGCAGUAUUUGGAAGACUUUUUCAAAACCGGUGACAAUUUGUGGAAUUACUGCGGUGCGACGGAAUCGUUCGCCCACGGGGCUGACCACAAUCCCAUCUUCUCUGGCACGCGCUUCAGUCCCUGGCUGGCGUUCGGCAAUGUGUCCGCCCGGAUGAUUGUGAAGAAAGCGUACGACUGCGAGAAAAGAUUCGGCGGCUUUUACCGGCCGACGAAAGGAGGUGGAAAGAAAGGCAAAGGAAAUAGUACAGGCAAAGGGUCUGCUGGAAAAACAUCAGGGUCAACUGCGCAGCGGCUGCACACGGAGCUCCUCUUUCGCGACUUUCUCCGGUUUUCCGCGUACUUUUUGUGGAAAAAGAAACUUUUCUGCCUCGAGGGGCCGAUGGGGUUGGAGAAGGCCGACAUUUUCUGGCGGGCGAGAGCAAAACCCGAGACGCAGGAACUGUUUCGCAAGUGGCAAGUAGGCGAAACUGGCUUUCCCUUCGUGGAUGCGGGGAUGCGCGAAUUACUCAAAACCGGGUACCUGUCGCACCUGCACCGGCAGUGCUGCGCUUCGUUUUUGGUGCGCGAUCUGGAGAUCGACUGGCGAUUCGGGGCGGAGCACUUCGAGGCCACUUUAAUCGAUUACACGCCGGACGCGAACUGGGGGAACUGGGCGUACCGAAUCUUGCCCCGUCCGUGUCUCGCUGCGACGCGUAGAAAAUUCAAGGAGCAAAGUAAAAAGAGGGAGGCAAGAAGUAGAAGCAGUUCAAGUUCUGCAGAUGAUCAGAAUUUCGUGCCACAUUUGAGCACCUUGGAGUGUGUCGUUUGGCCCAUUGUGCACGAUCCCGAACUGGAGCAUACACUGUUUUGGGUGCCGGAAUUGAAAAGGAUUCUUGAGAAGUUCGGGCCCGACUGCGCCAGAGAGCCCUGGACGAUUGGAGCGAAAGGUGGAGAGACAAUUGUGCAGAUCCGGCCGUAUCGAGACUCGCCGCUCUGGUUCUGUGCAGCGAACCGAAGCAAUUGGGAUUACGAAUACUUCUGGCUGCGGAACGCUGUUGGGACCGUUGAUUACAGUGGUAAGCAAGGCGGGAACAAAAAGCUAAAUAGCAGCACGAGUAGGAACGAUGAAGAAAUCUAUCACCUCCCCCUGAUUCCGCCUGUCAGCGUGACCGUCGAUCUGAGAAAAUUACCAGUGCAAAGGUUUGUUUGGGAAAGGACAGUCUGAGUCUGGUGUGCGCAAGGAUAAACAAAGACAAGCCGCAACGUUUUCUGGUAUGAAAACAGUCGAGCACUCCGACGAAGUAGUUUCGUUUCCGCGUAGCCCAAUUUUCGCUGCGUGUUCAGCUUGAGCUGCUCGUACUGGUUCCGAAUAUGAUCAUUGGGUUCGAGGGAUUCCUUCGCUGUGUGUCAGGGGACAUGGUGG